AUGGCUGAGAAUCAACAAUUGUGCACAGAGUUCAGAAAUUUAGAGAGGAAGGUUGGGCAAAUGGCUAACAAUCAGAAUAUUAGACCUGAUGGAGCUCUCCCAAGUGAUACAGAGAAAAAUCCUCAAGUCAAUGCAGUGAUGUCGAGAAAUGGGAGAGUGUUAGUAGAAGUGCCUAAGAAGAAAAAGGAGCAGUCUGGGCUCGAAGAAGAAAGAGUGCCAAAACCUGUAGAGGUAGAUGAGAGAAACAAAACAGAGUCUGAGCAAAUAUCAGAGAGGGUGCUACCUCCUUUUCCUCAAAGAAUGAGAAAGAAGAAUGAUGACCACAUGUUUCACAAAUUUUUAGAUAUGCUGAAGCAGAUACACUUGAACAUCCCUUUGUUGGACAUGCUCCGUGAGGUCCCAAAAUAUGAAAAAUAUAUUAAGGAUAUAGUGGCAAAUAAGAGAAGGUUAACUGAAUUUGAGACCGGCGCACUUACUGAGGAGUGCACUUCCAGGAUUCAACAUAAGCUUCCAGAAAAGAUUAAGGAUCCGGGUAGUUUUACUAUCCCCAUGAGGAUUCGUGAAAUUGAUGUGGGUAGAGCCUUGUGUGAUUUGGGCUCAAGUAUCAAUCUGAUGCCGUUGUCAGUGUUGAAACAAUUGGGAUUAGGAGCUCCGAGACCCACCACGAUUGGGAAUUUUAUUUUCCCUGCAGAUUUUAUCAUCCUGGACUACGAGGCUGAUGAGUUAGUUCCUAUCAUCUUGGGACGAUCUCUUUUGGCCACUGGAGAUGCCAUUAUUAAAGUCCGAGAAGGUAAGAUGACCCUUGGGGUGGACAAUGAAGAAGCGGUCUUCAAUGUAUAUCGAGCCAUUCAGUUGCCUCGUCAUUACGAGGACCUGGCCAUGAUUUCUGUGGUGAAGAUAAAUGAACUAGCCGUUGAGCCAAUUACAUUUAAAGAAGAUGCACUAGAAAAGGCAUUGAUAUUGUUCAAUCACUUGGAACUGGAAGAAGAGGUUGAGGAGAUGUUGCAAAUUUUGGAUGCAUCUUGUGAAUACAUAAGAGAAAGAUCUCAGUUUGAGCCUCUGGAUAGGCCAAUCGACCUGCCCCCUAGACCCUCAGAAGAAAAGCUCUUAAGGGUGCUGAGGGAGCACAAGCAUGCCAUUGGUUGGACAAUGUCUGACAUAAAGGGUAUUAGGCCUGCAUUCUAUAUGCACAAAAUACGCAUGGAGUAG